AUGUCCACCACUCAAACUGAAAGCCGCGUCCGCUUGAAAAGGCUUGUCAAUAAGCCUAGUACGCCUUUGGCUCUCGCUGACCAAGAACCACUGGCUACGCCGCUGCAAGAUCGCAAUAUUUCCACCAAUACUAACAUCAUUGAGGAUGUCACAGAGGCUUCCAGGCUUGCAGAUGAAACUGCUCCCGAUGGUGGCUAUGGCUGGAUCAUAGUUGCAGCGUGCAGCUUGCUCACUUUUUUCUUUGUGGGAACGACAUAUAGCUGGGGCGUGAUUCAGGAUGCACUUGUGGAAGCAAACCUUUCCAAAGCCUCAACACUGGCCUUCGUCGGCUCACUUGCUGUUGCCUGCAAUUCUGCCUUUGCUGUCAUCAACGGGCGUUUAGUAAGAGCCAUUGGAGCCAGGAAAGUAGCUUUUCUUGGGGUUUUCCUCAUGGGGGUUGGCCAAAUAACGAGUGGUUGGGCACUGAAAAGUGUUGCAGGCUUGUUCAUAACUGCUGGGUGCCUCAUGGGAUAUGGAGUUAGCUUCAUGGUUGUUUCAAUAGUGCCAGCACAAUACUUCCACAAUCGUAGAGGUCUUGCCAACGGAAUCGUAUUCGCUGGUGGCGGCCUCGGUGGCGCUGUGAUCAGCCUGUCCAUGUCAGCAAUCGUUGAGAGACUCGGAACAGCGUGGGCUUUCAGACUUGUGGGCUUACUCACGUGGGUGAUCGGAUUCCCUGCCGUAUGGUUCAUCAAGGAGAGGACGCCUGUGAAGACUUCUAUCUUUGUUGAAUGGAAGCUGUUUCGGGACUACAAGUUUACAGUGCUGUUCCUUGCUGGAACAGUUGCAACCUUUCCACUCUUUGUGCCUCCAUUCUUUCUACCACUCUAUGCGCGCUCCAUUGGCCAAUCCUCACAAGUUGGUGCGACUCUAGUUGCAGCUUUCAACUUUUCAUCAGCUUUGGGCCGUGUUCUCUCUGGUUUGUUGAGUGAUAAAUUCGGUUCGGUUAACAGUCUCCUGCUAUCACUGCUUCUCAGUGCAGUAAGCAUGUUGGUUCUGUGGCCAAUUUCGACUUCCCUGGCACCACUGAUUGUUUUCAUAAUCAUCAAUGGGAUGGGUAAUGGUGGUUUCUUCGCCAUUAUGCCUACAGUGGUUGGAAAUGUCUUUGGCAGCGCUCGAGUUUCAGUUGCAAUGGGAAUGAUGGUGACAGGUUGGACAGGUGGAUAUCUUCUUGGGGCACCUAUCGCUGGAUAUCUCUUAGAAGCAUAUGGAGGUGAGAAAGGAGGGUUCGAGGCCUACAGACCAGCCAUAUUCUACGCCGGCUCCAUGGCACUGGGAGCUGCUGGUCUCGUUGCAUGGGUACGUUUCAGCAUGUCGAAGAAGCUCAGUGGAAAGUUUUGA